GUAGGAAACAUUGCAUCAAAUUGCUGUGCUUACUUGCGGUGCACACAAACACAUGGGUUGGGGUUUUGUACACACAUACAGGACAUGUGUAUUCCUUUCCGUACAAUUCUGCCAUACGCGGGCCGUUGUAACUCAAUCGCUUCUCGAAACGAUGUUCCAUAUUUAGUUGUAGAACAAUGAAUGGACCAGCAAUGUACAAAGUUGAGCCAUAUUACGACUUUGAUAAAACUCCAGUUGAGCUUCCUACGUGCAUGUUUAAGAUGGACAGUUAUCACGGUGACAAAACAGGCGAAAAUGAGGUCACAGAGGAUCCGAAGCUUGUUGAGCUGGAACGACGCCAAGAGCAUAUUCUACAAGAGCUGAGAUCCCUCGAGGGUGAAGUAUCAUCUCUUGCCAUCAAGUUCAAACCAGCAGCACGUGCAGUUACACAACAAUGCACAAAUUUGGGAGGGAUAAUCCACGAUAUUGUUGUCUACGCCAACCCAGCCCAGCCACCGCAUUCACUGAGCGUACUCUUUGAAAUGCUUAGAGAACGCUACAGGUGUCGAUCUUCAGUGCAUGUGCAUUCAUCUGUAAACUCGCUGCCGGACAAGCUGUGGGGUUGCCUUGGAAAUGGAGUUAAACAGUUGGACAGAUCCGAAGCUCAAAUAUCACUCACGUUGAUAUGGAAAGAUGUGUCCCAUGGUCCUAUCAUGAUGGUAGCUGCACCUUCCCAAUCGCCCAUCCAUGGGGAGGCAAACAUUGCCCGCUAUGUCACCCGACUCCUCAACCCAGGUUUCGAUACAACAGACAUUGCCCUGGCGUCAUCAGUCGACCAGUGGUUGGAUCUAGCAACGGGGGCUCUGCUAAAUGGUAGCUCCAAGGAGAAAGCUGCAGCCGUUCGCUCGAUGAAUUCACGCCUCGGAAAGAGGGACUGGCUGGUCGGGUCGUCGGUAUCUGUCGCAGACGCCGUCUGUUGGAGUGCUGUACAAAGUGCAGGACAGGUGGCAGGGGCACCGGCUAAUGUACAGAAGUGGUUAAAAGCAUGUGCUACUCAGGAUUUAUUCAAAAUGGCAGCUAGCUGUUGUUAACAAUGAAUACCUUUGUAGUACCAAUAAGUACAGGCCACUAAAGAUACUAACAUUUGUUUCUCUCAAUGUCAAAUCUUGAAAAAAAUGUAUAAAACAGUACAGCUGCUGGGUAUAGUGUUACUGUCCUGGAAUUAUACGCAGGUGCAUGGAGUCCAUGGCCUCUGUUGACACUGGUCUUGGCCUUGGUGCCAUUCAAAAGUUUACAAAUGACUUAAAGAUUUUUCAAUGGAAGUGCCCUUUGCAAAAUGAAAAAGGCCUUGCCCUUUCAACGUGUUCAAAAUGAAAUUCUGGGCCUGAUGUUGAAGUGCGUUAUUUUUUUGUUUGUGCAUAAAAUAGGUGAUUUAUUCAAUGACACUUGUUUGAAACAAACAUUUUAAAUGCUCAUUUUUGUUUAAGUUGCUUGAUUUUUCAAAGGUUGACUUAGUCAUGGUAGGCUUGAAAAAACAGAAAUCGUUUGCUAUUUAUAAAAAAGAUAAUUCCUGUUAUUGAAUUUUUAUGACAAACAUUGUAUGUGUUUUAAGACAGUUAUUGACAUUAUAAGUGGUAGCAAUAUGAUAUAAAGUUUGCAGUGGCUGAUUAAAUGGGACGUUAUUGUAGAGAUAAAUAUGUUAAUAAAUUAAAGAUAGUAAAACCUACUACA